CGAAAACUUGACCGAGUAACUUAGCCUACAGCACAAUGAAGGUAUUCGCAGCUAUCGUUCUUCUGGUUGUCGCGGUAUCCGCGGAACCACCAAGAUACCGUCAACAACAAAGACAAUACUACUUUGCAAGACAACAAGAGGAGGCCACCACAGCUGCCAGUGCUCCUUACCCACCUUCCGGAUGGAGACCAGCCGGGCCAGCUUUCAAUCUCCCUCAGAGAGAAGCUCAGAAGCAAUACGGAGCACCAAGCGCACCUCAACAGAAUUAUGGAGCACCCAGUGCACCACAACAAAAUUACGGAGCACCUAGCGCAGCUCAACAGCAAUACGGAGCUCCGAACGCACCUCAACAGGGCUACGGUGCCCCAGCUGCUCCUCAACAGCAAUACGGUGCCCCGAGCGAACCUCAGUCUCAAUACGGACCACCAGCGGUUCCUCAGCAACAGUACGGACCACCGGAAGCUACUACCACCGAAGUCUCUACCAACACGGAAGCGGAAGAUGCCACUACUGUCUCCAGUGUCACUGAAUCUGAGUCCGAGCCCGUCAACUCUGUGAACGAGCUUGAGGACGAAGAAGUGGACGAACAACAGCCCCAGCAGACCGGCGAGUACUACGUCGCUCUUCCCGAUGGACGUCUCCAACGCGUCCGUUAUGUGAGCCGCCAGGAUGUCGAAGCUAUGAAAUAUUUCGCCAAGAUCCGUGCUGAGAACGUGGAACCUCUUCGUGGACCUAUUUACUCGUACGCUCCUCUGCAGAAACUGCAGAUACUCCCAGCUGGACUUCAAGUGUCCGUUGCACCGGUUGCACCCAUUGCAGCUGGAUCGGCCGAAUCGAAACCGCAAAAAUUGGAGAUCCAACCGGUCGCCACCCAAGUGCAAUAUCAGUACGAUAAUCCUGCUGGUGUACUUCCGUUGUCCCCUGCUUACACCAACUAUCAGAUACCCGCCACCGAUUCUAGAUACCUUUUAACUUUGCAGUAAAUUAUGUAAUUAGACGUAUCUUGACGAGGACCGUGAUGGCUCCUAAUUUAACCAUUGUAAAGUAACUUGUAUAAUAUACAUUGUAUAGAUAUUUAUGGUGUUGAGGAUGUAACUGUAGGCUAAGGUCGAAACGAGAAUAAAGAUGAUUGAAAUCUAA